CCAUUUUGUACGACGGAGUGGCGUGACGAGUAUGCGUUGCUCGGCAACCAGUUAUUCACUCAGUUGACUUUCGGUGGUGCGCUCUUGCGGUUGUCAGUAAAAUUGAUAAGACGCGCUUUGUGUUAGCGGCGGUGUAUUUUACAAAACUGUACCCAACUUGAACCGUUUGUGCGUGAAUAUUAUAAACUUGAAAGACUUGUGUUAAUUACUCGUGCACAAUGGCUACCGAGGUAGUAAAUAACGUACCAGAAACCGAGAAGGAGCAGAAAGACGAUCCUCCAGCCCAGCAGGAUAAUGGCCCAACAAAAGAGGAAACGCCGGCCGCUGAAAAAACCGAAGAAAAGAUAGAGGAGAAAAAGGUUGAGCCAUCUCCACCAAAGCCGAAUGUCCACAAGAUUAACUUCGAGCAAGACGUCGUUUAUUUGUACCAGUUCCCACGAACUCCUUUGUUGCCGUCGACAUCCCCCUAUUGCUUGAAAGUUGAAACAUGGCUGCGCCUUGCUGGCAUCAAAUACGAAAAUGUCGACCACAAGGCGAAAUUCCGUUCCAAAAAGGGGCAGCUGCCAUUCGUUGAGUUAAACGGCGAAGAAAUAGCAGACAGCACCUUUAUUAUCAAACAGCUCUCAGAGAAAUACAACAAGGAUAUGGAUGCUGGUCUGUCGGCUGAUCAGCGAGUGGUAACUCACGCUAUGAUCUCCAUGAUCGAGAACCAUCUCUCAUGGGUCAUUUUCUGGUGGCGCGCCAAAUAUCCCGACAGCGUACUAAAGGGAUACCAGAUGAAUCUCCAGAAUGCGCUCAACACCCGCCUCCCAACAUCGAUACUCAAUUUUUGCUACAAGUUCAACUCUGGGCGUAAGGGUAUGAAAAAGGCCAAGGCGCACGGCAUCGGCGUUCAUAGUCAGGAAGAGAUCAUUGAGUUCGGCAAGAACGAUCUACGUGUGCUUUCCGACCUGCUCUCCGACAAGCCGUUCUUCUUCGGAGACGAACCAAAUCUUCUUGAUGUCGUGGCUUUCGCGAAUCUCGCGCAGUUGCACUUCAUCGACAAAGAAGUGCAGCACGCAUUGCGCGAUUCCUUGAACGAGUCGUUCCCCAACCUCGUCGGCCUGGUCUCGCGCCUCAAGGAGCGAGCGUUCCCCGACUGGGACGAGCUCUGCGCGCCCGAGGUGCCUCCUCCUCCGGCGAAGAAGGAAAAGGAGACCAAAGAAGGCACGGGACCCGCUGAGAAGCAACCGCUGCCUGAAGAGCCCGAGAAGGGCAAGGGUGACGAAAAAGAAAAAGAGCUAGAGAAGGAGCCAGAAGACAAAGAGAAAGAAGUGGAAAAAGAGAAAGAGAAGGAGAAGUAAGCGCUACAGUGGGUCACAGUGACCGAUCCACUAUCUAGACUACUAUACAAUACUUAGAGAGCUGGUGGCAAAACGCAAAAUGAUUUAAUUGUCUGUUAUUUGAGAUUUUAUAGUAAUAUCAAAAUAUUCAGAAACAAAUCGAGUGAUUUCGAUUCUUAAAAUAAAUUUUAAUUAUUAUGAAGUAAACUAGUAGUAGAUUUUUUUUUUGAAAAUAAAUCAAAAAUAUAACUGGAACAAAUAGUCAUUGUCUGCCUUUCAGCUUAAAAAGUAAUUAAGAAAAGGCACACAAUAUGUAACGGUAUAAUAUGAAUCAUAAGAAAACUUUACUGUGGAUAAAUUGUAAUUUUAAGUUUAAGCCUGAAAAUACUAUCAAGCUGAUUGAUUGGUUAAAAUGUGGUUUUUGUAUGUAUGGUAUACAAAAAACAUAUAUAAACCGUAUGUAUGGUUUAUGUAUGUCUGCCUAAUUUAGGUUAUAAAAACAAUAAUUUAUUACUGAAAUACAAAUUGAAUAAAAUUAUAAACUUAAUAAUACAGUGUGACUUAUUCUUUGUACACAAUCUCUAAACUAAACUGACAAAUCAAACCUACCCUUUUCUACAAAGAGUAUUAUAAAAAGAGCUGUCACUUUAGUUUAGCGUAAAGAUUUUGUACAAAGAAUUAGUCACAAUUUGAAUAUUUAUUAAUGCUCAAUAUUGUGAAUUAUAAGAUGUUUUGCAGUACAAAUAUAAAAGGUGAAGAAAUCAUUUUAUUUAAAUUGCCACCAGCUCUACGAGCGAUUGCAAGUUGAUUAUAUGUUAAGAGUCAUACUCGAAUGCAAUCUGUAUAUUGUAAGCGUGUAAAUCCAUUUGUCUUUCCCGUUCUUUCAUUUGACGAGACCGUCUUUAUAAUCUCUUAGGCCUGUAACACAUUUAUUAAAAAACUUAAUUUAUUAAAAAAAAAAAAACAUUAUUCUAUGUCCAAAAAUCUAAUUAUAAACUUAUAACAUCAAUAACAAUUUGUAUUGGAGCCUUAUAUCAUUGCAGCAGUGAGGGGAUUUUUCUGUAAAGUUCUUAUUUUGGUUAUUUUAUAUGAGUUUUUUUACUUUCUUCAUCUUGAUAAGUAUCUUUUAUACAACACCCUUUCAUUUUCAUCAACAUCGCCACUAAUAGCAUGUUCUCGUUUCAAAUUUAAACAAUAGUUAUUUGUUCAACAAGAUCGGCAAAGUGUUUGUUGCGAGUGCCUAGUUUGAAUCCUGAGCGUACCGAAUGAUUCUAAGUUAGAGUUCUGAGUGUAGUGAGGGAUUCAAAGGCACAAGAAACAAAAACUUUGCUAUCGUGUGUUACAUACAACUUUUCACCACACAAGUUCAAAGAAAGCGCCUUUGCGUCUAAAACCAGUGAUUUUAGACAGCAAAGGCGUCUUUUUUGAGCUAGUGAGGUAAAAAGAAUAUUAUACUCCACUAAGGUAGGAUCUUCUAAGGCCGGAACAGACAAUGUGAGACGUGUGUAUGGACUAACAACAACCAUCGUCAUCGUAACAAUCAACAUUGUAAUACAAGGAGCUAAAUGAUGUGACUUGCUUCAUGCACUUCUUUGUAUUAUAAACGUUAAAAUUACACGCGUGUUGCUGACUGAAACUUUUUACAUUAACUAUGUAUAAAACUCAUCUAGGACAGUCGGAAAACCCUUGCCUUAUACCAAAUAAAAGUUUCUCUGUUGUUUGUCUCAGCCUUUUAAAUGUAAGGACUGGAAGAAACAUUCGUCCUUCAUCAAAAAUAUAGACGCACUGAAAACGAGUUCUUUAGAAACUAAGCAAUUAGAGAGAGAUCAUCGCUAAUAAAAUCAACCAAACUCAUCAUCAUUCCCAAAUCAUUAUCAUUCAAUCACAUUUUUUGCGAUAAAUCUAUUUUUUCCCAUUUACUACACUGAGUUAUCGAACGGGGGUAGAAUUGGAAAUAUUUUAUUGCAAGAAAUAAUAAUUUUCAAUAUUUAUUGAGAUUUGGAAAGAAAAAGAACUUUACUAAAAAAUAAUCGAUGUAAGAAGGAUGUAUUUGUCGGAUUGGUCACACUUUGUAAGUAGUUACUUUGUGUUUAUUCUAAUCACUAUUAUUUUUAUUGUAACAGUUAUCUUUAAAAAGUUAUUUAGUUUCAAAUUAAUUAAUCAAAUAAAUAUACACGUAUGAAUAGUAAUAAAUGGUGUUAUGGGCCUAAACCUUUAUGUUAAAUUGCGCUUUCUGUUUUUUAUACGUUGUCAUUAGAUUACGCUCGAAGUAGUGACUUCGUUACAUAGCGUCAUUAUUCCAUGUUGAUUGAUGUUUUGACUGCUUCUUGUAGCUGUUGAUUAUAUUAUUAUUACGUCAAUUUAAUUACUUUGUCCAGUUCAUAUAAUUAUUUUUUCUUUUUUUAGAUCAAAUAAGUGUAAUUCGGAUGUAUGUUAAGGUACUGACGGAAGUAGGUAACCAUUUACUGGAAUAAAUUAUGAUAAUUGAAUAUAUUAUUAUUAAUUAUUAUAUUAUUAUAGGAAUGUUACAUUUAAUAUCGACAUCAUGAAUAUAAUCGCAAACCGCGGAACGUAUCAAGUUUCACCUAGGGAGCUUUUCAUGACUUUAAAAAUACGUACAUUAACUUAUUUAUGAAAAUAUUACCUAUAGGUAAGAAUAAUUAUACUCAAAUUCAUUUAAUAUAUGAAAAUCCGAUUCGUACACCUUUAAAGUUGUGAAAUAAUAUAUUUGACUAAGACUUGUGUACUCAAUACCAAAAAUUGGCUGAGGUUAUUAGAUAAUUGUGAAGUAUUCCACGUGUCGACAGCGGAGUUCCCGGGCGCCUCGGGGCUGGCGCGCGUUUAGACUGUUUUGAGAUUCUUGUACUCUAUUGGUUUUUUACAAAAAAAAAAAAAGAAUUUACAAUUUACAACUUUUUGAUAAAACGAAAACGCCUGGAAGACUGUUUUUUCAUGUUAUUGUGUAUUCAUAGGCGGUAAUGUUUUGAUAUUGUAUUAAUUGUAAGGUUAAGGUAUAUUCAAUUGAUAUAUUACAAUUCAUUGACUUAUAAAAAUAACAAUUAUAUCGUCCAUUUGUCGGUCCGCGUCGCAGCACUGUACUUGCCGUCGUCGCGUCUCUAGCGAACCAUAUGCACCAACCCCCCUAGCUUAUAUAGCGAUACCCUGCCCUCCCCACGUAACUCCCUUCCCAUCGACAUCAUAUAAUCAUCACUAUAAUCAUGCAUCCAAAAUAUAUUUCAUAUUAUAUUUAUUAUUAUUUUGCUGCAUUUUUUUACGAAUUUACUCGAAAAACUGUUUUAUGAUGUAAUUCAUUCCAUAAUUUUAUUUUACUAACAUAUAACUAUGUAUUGUCAUUCAUCAUUCUUUAUUUUUUUCAUGAAUUCAUUUAAUAUGAUUACACUGAAACAGGCUUUUCUUAUCCGUAGCUGCUAUAAGAUACGAAUACAUUCCCAUUUGAUCACGUUACGAUUUGAGUUAGAGCAGUCGUCAGACCUGUAUAGCAGAUUCGGGGUGUAGAAACGUUUUCACCGACGUCCGGCGCCAUUGUUCGACGGACGUCGGCGUGAAAUACCUGUCUUGAUUAUUCAGGCUCUGCAGAUAAGCGGCGGGAGUGCGAACUUUGGUCUUGCACGACUUUUUACGUUAGUUUGUCCCGACAAGUCGCAAACUUAGCCGAGGCCGCGUACACUACGUGAGCGGUCUCCGUACACAGGUACGUUCCUUGGUGUGAUGCGCGCAAAUCGUACUGACACAGAAGUCGAAACUGAAACAUAGUGUGCCGGGUUUAAUACGCAGAGUGUGUGAAUGUAUAAUAAAGGUGGUUCAGGCGCUCUUAAUGCCUACUUGAAGCAAAUACUUGCUUAUCGCUAUCCGACUUUAUAUAACGAGCGAAAGAUCGCAUCCCAGUGGUUCCGAUCGCUCGUUCUCGCAGUCCAAGUGGGCUAGCGAUAAGUAGGUAUUUGCUUCAAGUAUUUAUUAGGAGUGCUUUGUCCAUAAGUAUAUAAUAUACACGGCCGUGUGUAUACAUCACGUACGUUGCGUUGAUACGCAUCAAGCAAGGAACCCAUCCUUUAGAAGUUUCCCGCUCUAUGUUGUAGAUGCUAGGUCGUUCGCUAGAUAAAGGACCCUCGUCCCCCCUAGUUCCGAUACCUUCUACGCCCUCAAAUUUCUUAUAUCUAUUUCUAGGUUAGUAGGGUAUGUAAAUUUGAUCAAGUCUAACGAUGUUCAUAAAGAGUAGAUAUCAUAAUAAGUGUUCCGUUUUCCCCGGUCCGUGGAGACUUGGUACGGAGCACUAAAUGGUAUUAGAUUUAGGAGUAUAGUGUAACCGUAGAUAGCUCGUGACCGCCCACCGAGUCUCGUGAGCUGUAAGGGUCAGGGCGACGCGACGCAGAAACUCGUCCCGUUCGUACUGACUAGUGGUGAUAUGACGAAUAUUGUCGCGUUCCUAUACACAUUUGUAUUCAGUUCGCAUUCGGCACGCGGGUUAUAAUUUAUACUCAGCCUAAUCAUCAUCAAUUUGUUUCAUUAUCAUUUUGUAGCAUUAACGAUCGUAUAAAACGAAUGACGUCCGCCUAAAAUUUUAAAUUUUCAUUCGAAUUAAGUACAUCAAUUUUUAAUGUAUUUGCAAAAAAGUAUCUCAACUUAUCUCGAGUAUCCUAUUGUUUAUAAUAGCUUCUCAAUGUUAGUAUUUGCGGAUGUUGAUAUAGUCGGUAUUCGUUAUAUCAGUGCUAGAUAAUAGACUAUGUAUCGGUGGUUAUUAGUUCAGACGUUUGAGUUGGUGUUAAGAUUUUUGAUUUGAAAUUUUUGGGGUAAGGUCGACGGCUACGUCCCUCCCGACAACUGCUGACCAUCACUGCCAUUAGCCUCGAAUGUAAGAGAUAAGAUUAGAGAAGUUAGAAUAGAACGUUGAUGGUCACGCCACGCGACGUACCGCGGACUCGCACGCGGUCCUUACUUCUUAACGAUAGAAACAUAAAUAGGUGUAAUUGGGGCUACCGUCGAUAUCGAUCGCUGAUCGCGGAGCCUGUUUCAGUGGGACACCUGACACCCGGCACGUCUCGCUUCUCGCGCCGCGCACGCCCGCGAGCGGACUCGGCCCGCAGGUAGCUGUAGCGAAUUAGGAGUAGCCAGGCGCUCGGCUCGGCGCACUGUAGACGUCGCGUCGGGUUCCGUCGUGGGACAGUAAAGUAGCCGAGUGACAAGCCGCUCCAAACGGACGUAGUUUGGCUCUCAUUUGAAUACUAACCGAUCAAACUCAAUGAAAUUAUGUCGAUGCGUUCUAGGAAUACAUAUGUCUGUGGUUUUCCAGAUUUCCGUUAAAAAAUUCGGUUUGAAAGUUACAUUAUCUCUAGAAUUUGCAUACAAACUUGACACCUUAUUUUCACGGAAAACUGGCAAACCACAUACACAUUUUAUUAGUUUCUAGAACGUGCCUACAAAAUUACAUCGAGUUUGAUUGCUUAAUAUUCAAAAGAGAACAAACUAAGUUUAUAUAGAGCGAGGGACGGAGAAACUUCUGUUAACGGAGAGCAUCGAGUGAAAGCUUCAAGCGAUUGAUUCUCUUUAUUGUCUCACUACCUAGGAUAGAUCUAAGUAUAAUCAAAUUCUUUAUUCGAUGACUCAAUUUGUGUUGUAAGUUAGUGCUAUAAUACAAAUUAAAUAUAAAUAAUUGUAGGUGCGCCUGCUACAUGUUUUGUAAAGGAUUCUCGAUGGAACGAUGGAUGUUAAAUUUAUAAUAUUGUAAUGUUUUUCUUUUUUUUAUUGAUUGAUAGUACGAUAUGAUUAGUUUCUCAAUUAAUGUGUCAAUAUUUAAUUCUAAGUAAUAUUCGUUAGAUAGUAAUGGUUCGCCAUAAAUGUACCGUUUAAUGUAAUUAUACAACUUAACUGAGCUUCAGUGGAAACAAUUCUCUUUAAGAAUUUCUUUGUAACAUUCUAUCGACAUUAAAGUAUAUAUAUCUAAU